AUGCGGCGUAGUUCAGCGCCGUCGAUGAAACGGUCACUGGGAAGCACCAAAGCUGAAGCUGAAUCCGCCGAUAACCGUAACAACAAAAAGAAAGUCUACAUUGCUCCAUCAGUCACGGAAGAGAAACAACAUCUGAACAUCGACCUUCCGGUCACAGCGAUCUUCAAAGUUGUUUGGGGAAAAAUUAGCACGAGAAAGCACAAAACGUGGGAAGGGGAUGGAUUGCUGGAAGUAUCUGGUCGCAGUGCAACACUGCGGGACGAUGCAGGAAAAGUGAUCAGUAGCGCGAGCGGUCUUAAGCUGGAUGAAGUUCAGGAAGGAAUUCAGAUGGUCGUCGGAUCGAAAGAGGUCGAAAUAUUGGAACGCUUGGAAAGUAAACCGGAACCGUGUGCAACGUCGUCGGCGAAUGUUGCAAUGGGAAACAAAAAUCCUCGUAUAACAUCUACGGCAUUGGCUGACUUUAAAUCUCCCAAGCAAACCGCAAAAGUGUUUCAAAGCGUUUUAACGGAUAAAAUGGUUGAGGACAGAACUCUAAAAGAAUCACUCAACGUCGAUUGUGCAAACAGCCAAUUUAAACCGAUCGUGAGUCGAACAGCGGACGGUGCCUGCGACGAUCAGCCAGUGGAACCGCUAAUCAUGAAAACACUACCACUUGAGCGACGAUGUCAGCGUGAUUCUAACAAAGAAUUGGUCGUAGCUGAGGUCCAAGUUCCUACCAGCCUUACGAAACACUUGCGUCCCCAUCAGCGAGAAGGGGUAGCUUUUCUGUAUGAAUGCGUAACUGGCAUGCGAAUGAUGGAACCCCCCGGGUUCGGUGCCAUUCUCGCAGACGAAAUGGGCCUUGGGAAAACGUUGCAAUGCAUAGCCUUGAUGUAUACCCUCCUCAAAACCGGUCCGUACGGGAAGCCUUUAGCACGUCGAGUACUGAUCGUAACACCCAGUAGCCUGGUGGACAAUUGGGAUCAGGAAAUCACCAAGUGGCUGCGGAAUGAGCGUGUGUUUACCUUCAUCGUCGGACCGCACAAAAAACUCAAGUUGUACGCUCAAUCUCCUCACAUUCCGAUAUUAAUCAUCUCGUACGAAAUGCUUGCUAAGCAGAUCGACGAAUUGGAGUCGGUUAAGUUCGAUUUGAUGUUCUGUGAUGAAGGACAUCGGCUAAAGAACAGUGAUGUUAAAGUGUUUGGUGUGCUCAGUAAGAUAGAAUGCCUGCGGCGAGUCAUAAUCACCGGUACACCAAUUCAGAAUGAUCUGCAGGAGUUUUAUUCGCUGAUCAACUUCGUGAACCCGGGCGUUCUUGGGCCGUACCAGGAUUUUAAGGCCCGGUACGAAACACCGAUCGUCAUUUCUCAGCGACCCGGUGUUCUGUUACAGUCGUUAGAGCUCGGCAUUGAGCGUUUGAACGAACUGAACGCCAUUACCGGUCAAUUCGUGUUGCGACGAACACAGGAAGUGAUCAAUCGCUACCUGCCAGAGAAACAUGAGCUGGUCAUUUUUUGUCAUCCGUCCGAGUUGCAGACAGAACUCGUUCGCAGCGCUCUGACGCUCUACGAGCAAAGUAAACGAUCACCUACAAUCACUCCGCUGCAGUUGAUAACGAUUUUGAAGAAGAUCUGCAACCACCCUUCGCUCGUUUCGCUUGCCGGGAACACUGACCGGGAAUCGUUCCAGCAGCAGCUCGUCGAACUACUGCCCAGCUGGCAAGCAAUGGGUCCGGGCGACUCGGCAAAGCUAGCCAUCGUCGAGUCACUGCUGGAUGACUUACUAGCGAAGCAGGAAAAGGUAGUAAUCGUUUCGUACUACAACAAAACGCUUGAUAUGAUCGCAGAUCUGUGCCAGCACUACAACUACAAGCACUGCCGGUUGGACGGGGGAACGGCAGGGCCCGAUCGAAGCAAGAUCGUGACUGCGUUCAAUAGCGCGUCGUCGGACAUUUUUAUCCUAUUGCUGAGUGCCAAAGCUGGCGGCACCGGACUGAAUCUGAUUGGUGCUUCACGGUUGGUGCUGUACGAUAACGAUUGGAACCCGGCCAACGAUCUGCAGGCUAUGUCGCGUGUGUGGCGCGACGGUCAACGCCGACCCGUCUUCAUCUAUCGCCUGGUCACAGCUUUCUCGAUCGAGGAACGAAUAUUUCAACGUCAGAUUUCGAAAACCUCACUCAGUGGAACGGUGGUCGAUCAGAAGCGAAAUUUGAACAAUCUGCAGUUUUCGGAUGAAGAGCUGAAGGAUCUAUUCACAUUCGUCGACCCUCGCAAUGUAGACGAUUGCCUAACGCACAGCUUACUCGAGUGCCCUUGUGCAGGGAUUGGAAUGGCCCCCGAAACACCGGAAACUCCCACAACGUUGAAUGAGUUUGACUGUUUGUUGCAGGAGCCAACGAUCGAAGCGAGCCGUUACCUGGUAAGGCCAGGUGGUAAGCAAACUAAAGGUCGUGCAAAGUAUGCUCUAAAAAUGCAGGAACUGAUGCGCUGGGAGCAUCACCGUGCACCCGUAUCGGAAAGUGUUUUGGAACAGCUAGGCUUGUCGCGAUGUUCCGAUGAAGUAGUAUUUUUGUUUCGAAACAUAGUGUGUACUAAUAAAUAA